CUUUGGCCUUCGUGAUAAGUGUAAACAAACGUGAUCCUUGGAGUUUAUAGAAACAAAGCUUAGAAUAAAUGAUUUCGCAGUCAUUUGUCAAACAUUGUCAAGCUAAGCGCAUUGCUUGAUCUCUGGUGAGAAUAAAGCAAGUCUGGAAAGGCUUUUUACAGGAAAAAUGGGGGUUCAAUACUUAGAGUUACGCGGUAUGAUCGAUUCAGCCUUGGGACAUCCCGAGAAAGGAAUUGUCAACUUAAACAUACUCCAUUCACUUCUACAUGAAAUACUAAAUCAUCUGGAUAAAAAGACAGCCAAGGAGAACAUUGCCAACGAAACUAAGGGUAUACAAAAAGAGGAAACGGAUUAUUUAUCAGAAACGAAAUUAGACACUAGUCGAAUAUCCAAACCAGACAGUGAAGCGUCGCACGAAAAUUUCGGGGCUACCAACUCCCGCACAAACGUCCAGAGGUAAGACAUUCCUCUGUUUAGAAAUGAAACAUAUAGAUAACGAUGCAUGUAGAAUACGUUGGGGGUAUUUCUAAUACUAGGAAGCAAGAAUUAUAGCCAUAAAAUAGGCCUAAAGUUACUAGGUUAAAUAUACAUAUGGUAAUUAUUUACUAAUUUCUUUUUGUAUAUGAAGUUUUUUGGGGGGUACGUAGCUAGGAAAUGUCUUAUAUAAAACCCCUUACUGUCUUAACUACAUUAAAUAUUUACGACUUAGCCAGCUGCCUAGACAAAGUGAGUCUUAAAAUUUCGUGCCUCAAACGGCUUAUUUACGAGUAAUUGGGUUUAUUAAGCCCGAUAUUUUUCAUUUGAAAUGACUCUCUUUAUUGACUCGUGGCUUAAGUGUGGAUAUUUCGGCGUGCUUAAGGAUUUGCCGCACAAAAGAAAUGAGUCUCUGUAAUAAAUUUUUAAUGAUAUGUUUUAUUAACAACAUGUUAACCGAUUGUUUUUCAUACAUGUUUUGAUUCUGUAGUGAAUUCUGAUAAGAUAUCUAUGAUUCUGAUGCAUUAUUAAAUAUUAACUGUUGAGCUGCAAUGUGCCCUAUCAUUCCCAGAUAAGUGUCGGGCAUUUCAAAAUGAGUUUUAAAACCAGACUAUCUUUGCAGGUCUUGUGUUAACCCAUUAAGGUGUAAUGUGCCCUGAUGCAUCCCAAUACCAGAGGAUUUUAUUUGUCAGGGAAAAGCUAGGGUACAGCAUUAACCUACAGUAUUUAAUGGUACAGCAUUAACUCGAUCAUUCAGCUGCAAUGCACCUUAAUUUGCCCCUACUUUGUUGUUUAACUUCCUCUAAUGCAAGAUGUCAAUGUCAGACGUUUUGUACAUUAAUGGUUAAAUAGUUUGAUUGAUAACUAUGUAUUAAAAUUCAUUAUUAACCAAAUGUUUUAAUCAGCCAUGGCAAUGAACACUCAAAACUGAAUGAACUCGAACAAAGACUGGCUUCGAUGGAAACAAAGUUAGAUGCUUUAAACAAUCUACCAGCAGAUAAGUCAUUUCUCACACAAACCACACAAUCUGACGAUAGCCAAACUGCUCAGACAGAUAAAGAAAACACAUUAUCCAUGAUGUGGAAAUACAUGACAAUACACAGGAGAGUGCAAGCGACAGAGGAAGCAGUCGAGAAAGUCAUGAACAUUUUGAAUGAUGUGAUUGAGGAUGUUGGACAAUUGAAAACGGUCAAGUCACGUCUGGAUGAGUUACAUAAUGAACAAUUGAAAAUGGCAGGAGAGUUUGAUGCUGUGAAAAGUGGUGGAGGGUUAGAACUUAAUUCAGAAAAGGUAAGUAUAUUAGUCUCUCGUCCCAUCGAACCGCACUAUAAUUAGACUGUCUGUAUUCUUGUAUGAAUCUUCAUUUCAACUUUUGUGAAUUAGAGUAGAUUUAGAGUAGAUGUACCUCAAAUACAGAUAGAAAUACAAUGGAAAAUUUGAAAAGGAAUGCCACAGUUUUGUACUAGUAGAUAGAGUUGAUGUUGGAAAACCCCUAUACAGUACUAUAAAAUACUAAAUAUAGACCAUAGUACAGUAUACCAUACCUCUAACAGCCCAGAUGAGUUACAUAAUGAACAGUUGAAAAUGGCAGGAGAAUUCACUGGAUGGUCUGGUUCAGAUGUCUCAGAUAGCAAUCCAAUUCGAUUGUGUUCCAUGUUCUGCUCAAAUACCUUUUGAAGUAGAACCUGACGCACUCAGAGUGCCUUGGGAACAUGAAUGCAAUGUUAGGAACCUUGUUCCUAUACAAUGAGCGUAUUCUGAAAAUAUUACAUAAAUACAGUAUAUUUGACUACCAUUUGUAUAAGCCGACUCCUUUCUGUUUAAAAGUUUGAAUCGUUAGAUGGAGUUGCACUUAAGAAAGAUCUUGCACCAUUUGUGACAUGGAGUGCUCUGGAACAAGCUUUAAAUAAAAGAGAAAUGGAAAACAAAGGUGUCACUAAUGAAGCACAUCGUAUGUCUACUGAAAGACCAGAUACAGCACCUUUGCCAUCGAGUCCACGCGAUGUCACUAUCGAGAAAGAACCGCCUAGGACUGCCAUGAGUCCAAACGAAUUUACAAAGGUAAGGAAUUAGUCAAACAUUUGAGUAUGAGAUACAUCCCAUAGUCCUCUGCUAAUCGUAUCAGCACCGAUCCUGACUGUAUAGACCAUGUGAAAAAAGACAAUCUCUUUCAAAACUGUGUGUUUAAUUAAUCAACUCUGGUCCGUUGGUGUUGCGAUCCUUUCCACGCGCAUAUAAUUCCUUUUCGCAUUUUUGUACACCGCUGUGCUAUCAUUUAUUCCUCCCUAAAUCGCGUACCAUCUGGUGUAGCUGUCACGUAUAUCUUUGUACAAAACACGCAUAUGUAGCGCAAACGGACCACUGGACGUCAAGCAUUGCAUGCACGCAUGCCAGUCUUGAAAUAGUCAAAAAUUCGCCAACCAACCAACGAACAUAUCCGUCAAACAAACUGAUAGCGUACUUACUGUAACGGCCAGAAUCGGGAUUACAUUAAUUUACUCAAAACAAUUAAGUAACGAAGCACGCCUGGGACCGGUUGUAUAAAACUCUUAACGUACUCUUUAACCAAAAUUUUGUAGUUAAAUAGUAGUUAACGCGAGUUUGAUUACUCAACUUUCGCACCAACUAAAGUUAACUUUAACAGCCUCUGAUACUGUAAGUGCAUGUUGUGAGCGUUGACCUAUCACCAAUUUGUAAUCUUAGCUUACUGGUCAGAACCCAGAUGAACUGAACGCGUUCACUGCUCACGAAGACGUAAAAGACUCAUUAUCCUCUAAAGAAAACAGCUUUGGUGAAAUUUCACUGGACCGAGAUCUAAAUGGUAAUGUUUUAUCACGAGAAGACACUAAGGAAUCGAUCACACAACCUUCACCAGAAUUUCUUAACCAGUUAAACCGGAUUGGCGAGUUGCCAAAACAGUACGAUGACGUAGCGGUCCAGGUGAGAUUCCUUUUUUAGUAACAUGGAAAAAUUAGAUUUCCUACAGUGACACUGGCUGAUAUGCUUACUGCUUCUAAGCCAACCAUAUUCUUGUUUAAACCUAGGUAUCGAUGAUGUCUGAAUUACAAACCAAGCUUGCUAGUGAAGUCCAUAAAGUUGAAGUGGAUAUUCUGCCAAGAAAAGUCGAUAAAGAAGAUCUUCAGUUACCAGAAAAUUUAGUGGAACAAAUUAACAUGUUGAAGCAAGGUUAGUCCAGUAUAUAUAGGUAGUAUUUUACGAUAAACUUUCGUUGUUUUGGUUGUUAAAAGAGAUUAAAAACUAAACGUUUCCAGCGAAAGCCGUUCUUUAGCAAUUUAGUAGAACUAACAAACAAAGUGCUCGAAGAUUGUUCAUGAAAAACAUUGCCAUUUUUAUCCUUUAGGUCUCGAUAUGUUAAAUACAAACCAAGAUCUGCAGAUGUUGGCAACUAUUAAAGACACCUCAGUACAAAAUAAAGAAAACAUCGACAGUUUAAAAGCAGAACUUGCCAUGUUUUCCCAGCAUCUGAAGAGACUCGAUCAACUCCGAGAAGUGAAGGAACCCGAAAGUAACGUCCCCAGUUAUGACCAGGAAGUAUUGAACUCGGUGCGGGAGAAGUUGAACAGUGUCGAACAGGAACAAGAGAAGAUGGUUUCGAAGAGCAAGGAGGAUGUAGAUAAAAUACUAGAAAAUUUGGAUGAAAAACAAGUAGGCUUUGCUUCGCUUUUGUGCAUGCUUUUUUUUUGUAAUGCGGUUUUAUAUAUGUAAUUGGUUUCGAUCAGCACUCUGAGGCAUAGAUAAAUGAUACUCUUAAUUGAAUGCAGUAUAGUCUUGUAGUUGGAGGCAAAUGAAUAUAUUUAUAAUUUUCGAAACUUUCCUGAUUCUUUCAGAAAAUUAUCGACGACUUGUUCCAAUACGCUGAACGACUACAAGAGAGAAAAGCCGACCGAGAAAAUGUCGCCACGGAGAUGGACAUCAAGGCUGAUAAACAUGCUUUGGAUGGCAAAGUGAAUCAAAGCACUUUCGAUGAGACUUUCCAAAUGUUUGAUAGAGGUACGUUGGGCAAUCAGUGGGUAUACAGAAAGUAUAAUGUGGAAAUAUUAUAGAAUUGGAUUCAAGGGAGGGAGAAAAGCGUGAUAAUAAUAAAGUGGUUGAAAAUAUUCAAUGGUUGGCGAUGUACAACUGAUUCUAAGGCAGCAGGAAAGUCUGCAGGAAUGCUAGUAAAGUUUAGUUCAAUUUUACCUGUUUAGGUUUACAAGAGGCGUUGCAGAAAAUGGAAGAUUAUAUGAAUGAAGAAAUGGCGCUCAAAGACACAUUGUCUAGGAUUUCACGCGAGAUGGGAGGGAAGAUUGACAACGAUUCUCUGCAAUUAAUGAAAGAUUAUUUUGGUAAGUGUUUUGACACCGCACCAGAGAGUACUUAUACUUAAUCUUUUCAAUGAAAUUCUCACUUCCUCUUUCAGAGAAACAAAUCAAAGACGUUCAGGAAUCGCGUGACAAAAUCGCGCGCGAGACACGCGUGGACGCGACAGAUGCCGCCGGAGUCCGACGUAAACUCCCGAUACACUAUCACUGUAUCUCAUGUAACCGUCCUGUAGAGUUGCCACUCCGAGACUCAGAACCAGCCCUUCCAGAGAGCGAGAGUUUGCCACUUAGAAGAAUGAAAAUUCCUUUUACUUCUUACGAAGUAGAACAAGUAUGUUCAUAACUGAGUUAUCAUUAAGCUUUUUGGUUUUUCAAUUGUGAAAUAGUUCUUUUCUAGUAUUCGAAUAGCUUAAGAUAGCGAAAGAAUUUCAUAAUACCAAAUCGACUAUAUAUUUAUAGCUCUGUAAGUUUUAAAUUGUAUUCCCUAAACAUCCAGUUAGGUCCUUUCCUAAUUCCUGCAGUGUUACUACAAGAGGAAACCGAUUACUAGGAGAAAACCUGCGAGUUUUGGUAUCGUCAAAAUCUUCUCACAUGCGAUUGAGGUGAAGUUAUAACCACACAACUACAUAUUGCAAUAAUCGAUUCCCAGUCAUAAAAGUAGACUAACACUUCCUCUUAACUCUAGGCCUUAAUUCUCGUUUCAAAAACAUUUUUUAGUGUGUAGUACACGAGUUACAUAUAGUACACACAUAUUAAGCUGCGCUGUAUGAUUUCAGCUGCGUCAAAAGUCAAUGAAAGGCGGUUACAAUGCAGAGGAGAGUGCUACAAUACGAGAUCUCGUUUCUAACAGGCCAUGUGGUGGAAGCCAUACUGUUAUCAAUUCACAGCUCAGAAAGUCCACGAAAUUUCAUCAGUUCAACCAAAGUACGGCAGGUAAGAAGUGAAAGAUUUAGUCCGGGUAGAUACAUGUAGAUCAGAGGAAGAAUACUGUACCAUUUUGUGUUCAUGUUUGUUGUUAUUUGAUGUUCAGCUCGCUCAUUUCAAUCUAGUUCGUGAUGAUGUACGUUUUGUGCCAAAAUUGGUACGUGAAGUUUCCGUCCUCGACUUCCUGCGCGGUUCUGAUGGACAUUACUACAAAGGACGUUCAAGACAACUGUUGCCUGCAAUCCCGCGGCGGACCAAGUACCCUAGCAACGCUGACGUCAGCACGGAUUCUGGUUCAUAUAAAGGGAAUGGUCCUUUGCAAGAAGACAUAACACAUACAACCGACCAGCAAAAGGUGCCUAGUAUUACCAUGGUUUAUUUGACCGUUGAUUGUACUAUUUCUUCACUUUUGUUUCGACUGCUUCCCCGUUUGCUCAUCCUAUCAAACAAAAUUUCGAAGACAGCUUUCGCUUGCCAGGAAGCUAAAUGUUUCCUGACAAAUUCUGAAUUAUACUUUGUUCUCCAAGAAUGAUUAUUGAGAUGUUUCCUGGCUUGCUCACUUUUGGGAAACGUGUAAAGGAAAUUUGUUUCGCGUGAUUUCCAACCUUUGAGAAACGUGGCAAGGAAACAAUCUUGCCUGGCUUGCUUGCUUGGAAACAUGGCUGGGAAACAAUGUUUCCUACUUUGCUCACCUUCGGGAAACAUGGCUAGGAAAGAAUGUUUCCUAGUUUGCCUGCGGUUUUAGCAUUUUAGGUUUAUGUAUUAAGCAUGUGUGAUUGCAAUCUCAAACUGGUCUGUUCUGUUACUCGCUUUCUAGGCUGGAUCACAUUAUCUUGUACGCACACCAUCACCCCCCGCGCAGGAUAACCUCUCAUCUUCGUAUCCUGACAGAUCUGAUCCUAAAGCACCGCAUAUCCAAGGACAACGUUACAGCUCCGAUGAUCUCAACAUACCUACCAACACUGCACUCAAUAGAGAGUCAUUGAAGAUAUUUCGUCGGAAACGAGGCCAAGAUAAGGUAUUUUUUCUGUGUUGGUGUUGUGUACUCAGAUGAAUAUGAUAUUUGUGGUGUUACUCUGAGUGUAUAUCCACACCGGGCGAGCUUGAAAAAUAUGCCUGGCCACGGUGGGAAUCGAACCUACGAUCUUUGGAAUACCAGCCCAAUGCUCUGCUAACUGAGCUACGCGGUCAGGACGGUUCGAGUAAGUGAUAUUUCGGAACAGAAUCUAGUUCCUUCAAUACCAAUGUAAUCUAGUAAUAUGAUUUUUUCUGUGUUGGUGUUGUGUACUCAGGUGAAUAUGAUAUUUGUGAUUUUACUCUGAGUGUAUAUCCACACCGGGCGAGCCUGAAAAAUAUGCCCGGCCACGGUGGGAAUCGAACCCCACCGUGGCCGGGCAUAUUUUUCAGGCUCGCCCGGUGUGGAUAUACACUCAGAGUAACAUCACACAUAUAUUAUAAGAUAAGGUAUGGUACUCCUCUAAGAGCAAUCAGGCUCUGUUUCAUUCAUAAUUCUGAUAUAUCCAUUCUUUUGUAGGACCCGAAACGACAACAGUGUUGGGAUAAUCAGUCAACAAAUACGAAAGGAGGAACUCAAGAUCAACGAAGCGAUUCAAACGAGUCGACCAGUCCAAAGGUAGAAAUUGCAUUCUGGCAGGUUCUCGUUGUUUUACUUCUAUUUCGAGUCUGGAGCAAGAAUUAAAUGCAGAGCACUGUUCGCAAAGUUGAACGGUAGUUCCUCCGACACAAUCGCCACGGACGUUUCUCUGUGAGCAAAGUAAAGUGACAGUUCACUGAUUAUGAAUCGUAGUGAUCAACUAUUGCCUGUAUAUAAUACAGUAGUUUUGUUUGUGGAAACGCCACGUAUAUGUAUUGCUGCCAAGCUUGUUAUAUAUUAUUAGUACAUAUUAUUAGCACUGAUGAAGAUCCGGGCUUACGGAUCGAAAGCUUUGCAGUAAUAAAUUUACGUGGUGUUUCCACAAACAAAACUAUUAUAUGUUAUAUCGCCAUGCAAACGUACAAAGAACUUAUUGCCUGUAUCUUUCAGAGUAUGAAAAGAACAACUCCAGUUGGCGAAGAACAGCCGUACAUAACGUCUCCCGAAGGCUCACCUCAGAAACACGAUGUACACAACGGUACAGCAGAGGAUAAAUGUAGGAUAUCAAGUGGUGGUGAUAAGGACUGACAUGAACAUCUUACUGAACACCUUACUGCGUGGUCUGAGCGCUACAUAAAACUGGACUCUGUGUUGACACGUGUUGCUUCGCUACUUUGGGAUAGUUCCUCGGGUAGAGGAGAACUGAUCACGUGAUCGGCUAGUUAUGUUGUUUGUGGCGUCAGAUAUAACCCAAUCCCUAUCUCUAAGCCUAAUCCUUAAUCUAACUUUUACCCUAACCCUUAUCCUAACCCUAACCCUUACCCUAACCCCAACACUAAUCACUAUAACUAACUGAUGACGUAAUCUGUGAUGCAAAUUCUUCUACCCGAGGAAGUACCCCUACUUUGGUUCAAGACUUAAAAUAUUGUAAAUAAAUUUAAUCCCACAACAAAUUACAUUCACGAACCAAUGUUUCGACACUCCAAUCCAGUCUAUUAUCUUGAGUGAUAAAGACACCAGAACUAGACUGGAGUGUUGAUAUGUUGGGUCGUGAAUGUAAUUUGUUCAUGGAUUACUGAUUCAUUUACAGUACUUAAUUAAACAAGAGUAGCAAGACAUGUCUGAUGUUAUACCAGAUUGCUGUGAACGUAUAAAUUGUAAAACAAACCACAGUUAAUAAAAUAGGAAUUUAUAAACUGUUUAUUAACUGUUUAUUAACAGUUUAUAAACUGUGAACAAACUAUCAUUGCAAAUAGACAUACGGGCCUGACGCAUUCCGGGGGUGGAGGUUGGCAAUUAAAAGUUUGCCCGAAUAAAAUAAGGUUUUCUGAAGUUGGGGGGGGGGGGUGGUCUGUCUCGUACGCCUAUGAAAUAGAAAAUAUUUUGUCAGAUAUAGCCACAACCUUUCGUUAAUUUAAUUGCAUGUCCUAAAGGCCCAUUCCCACUCAAGAAAAUUUUACGCGGAAAAAAAUUGUAAAAUGUGAUUGGCCGAGACAACUUUUCCGUGGGAAAAAAUUUCAACUUUUAACAAUGAUAUUUUCCGAAAAUUUUCUGUCCGUGGAAAUUUUUCUUGAGUGGAAAUGGGCUUUAAAAUGCAUAUCAGUAUCCAACUAACAAGUAAAUAAUAGUGUGUAAAUGAAAUACUGCUUGCAUAUUUAUUAAAUGCAU